AGGAAGGGAAUGACCCACUUCUCUUGGCAUCUCAGGUGCCUGGGAACCCUUUCUCAACCACACCCUGGAGCAGAGGGCUAGCUUACAUCCCCGUGUUCACCUCACUACAAAAAAGAAUUCUGGAAGGAAGGUGAUCUAUUCCCUAUGCAAUCUCAGUGUCCACUGAGAAGGAAACCUUGUGGUAUGGAACUAUGUGGCAAAAAGGGAAAUGAGGCAAGUUAUCCUUUGGAAAUGUGCUCACACUUUGAUGCGGAUGAAAUUAAAAGGCUAGGAAAGAGAUUUAAGAAGCUUGAUUUGGACAAUUCUGGUUCUUUGAGUGUGGAAGAGUUCAUGUCUCUGCCUGAGUUACAACAGAAUCCUUUAGUACAGCGAGUAAUAGAUAUAUUCGACACAGAUGGGAAUGGAGAAGUAGACUUUAAAGAAUUCAUUGAGGGCGUCUCUCAGUUCAGUGUCAAAGGAGAUAAGGAGCAGAAGUUGAGGUUUGCUUUCCGUAUCUAUGACAUGGAUAAAGAUGGCUAUAUUUCCAAUGGGGAACUCUUCCAGGUACUGAAGAUGAUGGUGGGGAACAAUCUGAAAGAUACACAGUUACAGCAAAUUGUAGACAAAACCAUAAUAAAUGCAGAUAAGGAUGGAGAUGGAAGAAUAUCCUUUGAAGAAUUCUGUGCUAGGGGUGGGAAGACGGGCCUCUUCGCCGGCCUGGCCUCCUCUGUGUCCAUCCGGCCCGCAUCCCCGCCCUCUCCCGCUGCGGAGAGCUGUUCAGCCUGUCGUUUCUUCGCCCGCCGGCCACCCUUACGGGUGACCUGGGUAAAGCCCUCCUCUGCCCCGGCGCUCUGCGCUUCCAUUUCGGAUUCCAUCCCCCGGAAUCUUAAGGCGCUUCCGGCUGAAACACGUGCGCUGCUGCACCGCGCAGGACCCAGCCUCCGUCAACUAACCCCGCAGCUCCGCCCCUUUCCUAAAACGUCACAGGCCGGGGACCUGCAGGAUUUGGGGCCAUAUGUAUGUGUGCGAAAGGCAGUGGGUAAAGGCAAUAAAGAAAUUUGUGCUGUUGUGAAGGAACAUUCUGUGCGAUCGCCAGAGCGCAUCUGGCAUUAUCUAGAGAUAACUACAGCCAACUUCCUAGGGCAUCUGGGGCAGAAUACGGAAAGCGGGAGGGACAAAUUGCCAAUGUUUGGAGUCUGGUUUCCAGGUUAGUUUUGGGGGGCUUUGGGUGUGGCGGUUGUCAGAACUGAAAUCGGCUGCACCAUGUCGGCCUUCGAGAAGCCUCAGAUCAUCGCCCAUAUCCAGAAGGGCUUCAACUACACGGUGUUUGACUGUAAAUGGGUGCCCUGCAGCGCCAAAUUUGUGACGAUGGGCAACUUCGCACGGGGCACCGGCGUCAUUCAGCUGUACGAGAUCCAGCACGGGGACCUGAAGCUGCUUCGAGAGAUUGAAAAGGCCAAACCUAUUAAAUGUGGAACAUUUGGUGCAACAUCUUUACAGCAGAGAUAUUUAGCUACUGGAGAUUUUGGUGGAAACCUUCAUAUAUGGAAUUUAGAAGCUCCAGAGAUGCCAAUAUAUUCUGUAAAGGGCCAUAAAGAAAUUAUAAAUGCCAUAGAUGGCGUAGGUGGACUAGGAAUUGGAGAAGGAGCACCUGAAAUUGUGACCGGCAGCCGAGAUGGAACUGUGAAGGUAUGGGACCCAAGGCAAAAAGAUGAUCCUGUUGCUAAUAUGGAACCUGUACAAGGAGAAAACAAGAGAGACUGUUGGACUGUGGCAUUUGGCAAUGCUUAUAAUCAAGAAGAACGUGUUGUUUGUGCUGGUUAUGACAAUGGGGAUAUCAAACUAUUUGAUCUCAGAAAUAUGGCAUUACGGUGGGAGACAAACAUCAAAAAUGGGGUAUGUAGCUUGGAGUUUGACAGAAAAGACAUAAGUAUGAAUAAGUUAGUAGCCACAUCUCUGGAAGGAAAGUUCCAUGUUUUUGACAUGAGAACACAGCAUCCAACCAAAGGUUUUGCCUCUGUUUCAGAAAAGGCUCAUAAAUCUACUGUGUGGCAGGUCCGACACCUGCCGCAGAACAGGGAGCUGUUUCUGACAGCUGGAGGCGCCGGCGGCCUUCACCUCUGGAAGUAUGAAUACCCUAUUCAGCGGUCAAAGAAAGAUUCUGAGGGAAUAGAAAUGGGAGUCGCAGGUUCUGUAAGCCUUCUGCAGAAUGUUACGUUGUCCACCCAGCCCAUUUCGAGUUUGGAUUGGAGUCCAGAUAAAAGGGGUCUUUGCGUCUGUAGUUCAUUUGACCAAACGGUGAGAGUACUAAUCGUUACGAAACUCCAUAAAAUUUGA